AACAGAGGGCUUCAUAUUUGGUCAAAUUUUUCCAUUUUAGGCCUAACUGUGACUGAGUGAUAAGAGAAGACGUAGUGUAAUUGUAAGAUUGAGUUAGGUGGAAAGUUCCAUAUCUAUAGAACAUAAGCUGUUUUUAUAUGAAGAAAGAAAAGCCAAGAGAAAAGGUCCAAUUUGUAAUGAGCCUCGAUUGUGAAAUUUGAUCAUGAUAUUUUUGCUGUGAGAGCGUUAUAAAGAAUUGCACCUCGGAACAAUGCCCGUUCCGUCAGGACCAGCAGCUGCUCCUGACCAUGUAAACCAAGAAAGUCCUGACCCACAUUUGUCCAAUGCAGCUUGUGGUAUUCGUGAUGUGUGGGCUUGCAACUUGGAAGAUGAAUUCAAGGUUAUUCGACAGGUCAUUCAAAAGUACAACUAUGUUGCCAUGGACACAGAGUUUCCUGGGGUGGUGGCACGUCCUAUUGGAGAGUUCCGCAGCACCACAGAUUACCAGUAUCAACUUCUGAAGUGUAAUGUAGACUUGUUGAAGAUAAUCCAGCUAGGCCUUACUCUCUUGAAUGAACGUGGAGAAAUGCCACCAGGGUUUUCAACAUGGCAAUUUAAUUUCAAGUUUAAUUUGACGUAAGAAACAAUAUGAU